AUUUCCGAUAGUGUUGACCCCAAAAGUCUCAUCUGACUCAACAGCUUUUGACAAAGAAUCUUGCGUUAUCGGUUUCUUAACACCAGGUUGUAUCGUCACCAAUAGUGUUCUCACAGCAGCCACGAGAACAUCCAUCUCUUCUACUGAGGCGCAGUCCACAUAAGCAGAAGUCACUUUUCAAGCGGAGGAAGCGAUGGUGUCCAAUUCUUCCAAUUCAUCCAGCUUCUCUCUUCCCAUAAACGCUUCGGCCCAGGUGGGCAUCGCCAUCCUGACCUUGGCCUUCGCGCUGGGCUUCCCGGGAAACCUUUUCGUGGUGUGGUCGGUGGUCUGUCGCGUUCGCAAGCGCUCGGUGACGUGCCUGCUGGUGCUCAACCUGGCGGUGGCCGAUGCUUUCGUUCUACUCACUGCGCCCGUUUUCCUCCGUUACCUCGCCGGCGGGCGGGGAUGGGAGUUCGGCUCGGCGGGCUGCAAGCUGGUUCACUACCUGUGCAACGUCAACAUGUACGUGUCCAUCUACCUCAUCUGCAUGAUGAGCAUGGAUCGGUGGCUGGCCGUUUCCAGGCCGUUUUUAUCCCAGAGGAUGCGGACUAAACGCUCGCUCAUGAUUCUCUUACUUGGAGUCUGGGUCUUGGCGUUCCUGCUGUCCAUACCCAUGCCUUUCUACCGCAGCAAUCUGAGAGUAUAUCCCAACAUCCCGCUGGCAUUUUGUAUCCCGUACCACUGGCGGAGCGUAGGCCACAAAGUCUUCCAGUACACCUUCGAGACCAUCAUGGGCUGCCUGGUGCCCUUCUCUCUCAUCAACACUUGCUACUCGUCCGUCAUCUGCCGUCUGCAAAGCGCCAUGUUCCAGCGUCGGGGCAAAGGCAGCAGACUGAUCUUCAUGAUCAUCUGCACCUUCGCCGUAUUCUGGCUACCGUAUCACAUCGUCAACGUUAUCGAGAUAAUUGGCCUCUUGCAGGACAGCAAGACCAUAAUGGAUGCCGCUGGCCGGGCCCGUCCUAACGUCACAGCCUUCGCCUACUUCAGCAGCGCCGUCAACCCGAUUCUCUACGUCUUCGCUGGCAGCGCCCACAUCCGCCAAGCCGGCCUCAACUUCAUGGGCAAGCUCUUUGAAGCCACCUAUUCGGAGAGCAGGAGCUCAACCUUUACCCGCAGCGGACGUACCACCAGUUCAUCGCGAGAGGACACCUCAGUUCUGCAGACGCUGUCCGUCAAACUCAAGAAGCCUUUCAGAAGCAGGCACGGAGAUGGCGCCAAUGGGAGAGAGACGGAAGAGCCCGAACUUAAGACUCUGGCAAGUGUUGAUCCGUUAGAAUAGCAAGUUAAGGAUGCAAGAAAAUGAUUGUUGUAAUUUUCUAUACUUUCAUUAGCCUCCCACCCUCCCAAACGAAUGAUACGUCAACUAGUGAUAAAAAGGGGUGUGACAAAAUAUCGAAAUGGUGAUAUAUCGUGAUACUUUGUAUCCCAAAAUGUUAUCGAUAUGCUCCUGCCAAGAAUCGAGAUAUCGUUUUAAAAAGGUAUCAAGGGCUAUUUGCAGGCCAUGACAUUGACUGGAUGAGUCUUUCUCCACCAGUUUUAGCUCUGUGGCAUGAUGCAUUGUCAUCUUAGAAAAUGACAAACAUAUUUUCAACUGAAGGGAUAAGAAAGCUGUCUAAAAUUUCAAUGUAAACUUGUGCAUUUUUUGAAGAUUUAACCACAGCCAUCUCCCCAGUGCCUUUGCCUGACAUGCAGCCCCAUAUCA